AUGAGGGGAGAGAUAGAAGAACGAUUGAUAAAUGAAGAGUACAAGAUAUGGAAAAAGAACACUCCUUUCCUCUACGAUCUUGUCAUCACUCAUGCCCUCGAAUGGCCUUCGCUCACCGUCGAGUGGCUUCCAGACCGCGAGGAGCCUCCUGGCAAGGACUACUCGGUCCAAAAGAUGAUUCUUGGUACUCACACCUCCGAGAACGAGCCUAACUAUCUCAUGCUUGCCCAGGUCCAGCUUCCCCUUGAUGACGCAGAAAACGACGCCCGUCACUACGAUGACGAUCGCUCCGAUUUUGGCGGCUUUGGGGCCGCCAAUGGCAAGGUGCAAAUAAUUCAGCAAAUAAAUCAUGAUGGGGAGGUGAAUAGGGCGCGGUACAUGCCCCAAAACCCAUUUAUGAUAGCAACUAAGACUGUUAGUGCUGAAGUUUAUGUCUUUGACUAUAGCAAGCACCCAUCUAAGCCUCCUCUUGAUGGUGCUUGUACUCCUGAUUUGAGAUUGAGGGGUCACAGCACUGAAGGCUAUGGUUUGUCUUGGAGUAAGUUUAAAGAAGGGUAUUUGCUUAGUGGUUCUGAUGAUGCCCAAAUUUGCUUGUGGGACAUUAAUUCUACUCCUAAGAAUAAGUCUCUUGAUGCUAUGCAGAUCUUUAAGGUUCAUGAAGGUGUUGUAGAAGAUGUAGCAUGGCAUCUGAGACAUGAACACUUGUUUGGUUCUGUUGGGGAUGAUCAAUACCUGCUUAUAUGGGAUCUCCGAACUCCGUCUGUUACCAAGCCUGUCCAUUCUGUAGUUGCUCACCAGAGUGAGGUUAACUGCUUGGCCUUUAAUCCUUUUAAUGAAUGGGUUGUGGCAACGGGAUCUACUGAUAAGACUGUCAAGUUAUUUGACAUAAGGAAGAUCAAUACUGCACUUCACACAUUUAACUGUCACAAGGAAGAGGUUUUCCAAGUCGGGUGGAAUCCCAAGAAUGAGACUAUCUUAGCUUCUUGUUGCCUUGGUAGAAGGCUCAUGGUCUGGGAUCUUAGCAGGAUUGAUGAUGAGCAGACACCAGAGGAUGCCGAAGAUGGCCCACCAGAAUUGCUUUUCAUUCAUGGUGGUCACACGAGUAAAAUAUCAGAUUUUUCAUGGAACCCAUGUGAAGAUUGGGUUAUUGCUAGUGUAGCUGAAGAUAACAUCCUUCAGAUAUGGCAGAUGGCAGAGAAUAUCUACCAUGAUGAAGAUGACGUACCGGCAGAUGAAUCUACAAAAGAUUCUUAG